AUGGACAGCGUGAACGACUACGAGGCUGACACUGCGUUCCUGGGGGACUGGGGCCCCUUCCAACGUCGCCUCUCCCUGCUGCUCUGCAUCACCAUGAUCCCCAACGGUUAUGGCAGCUUGGUGGUGGUCUUUGUGGCCGACACGCCGUCCCACCGUUGCCUGGUGCCCGUGCACGGCCUCAAUCUGACCAAAGAGUGGCGCAAUGCCAGCAUCCCGUUGGAGGAGGAUGGCCGGCCCGCAGAGUGCUCCCGGUACCAGCUGGAUACCAUCCGGGCGUACUCGGAGGCGGGCGUGCUGCCCUCUGACAUUAACCUGACUACCGUGCCCAGAGAGGGUUGCCUGGAUGGAUGGGAGUAUGACCGCAGCGUCUAUGCCUCCACCAUUGUGUCUGAGUGGGAUCUUGUGUGCGGGCAAAAGUGGAAGAAGCCGCUGACAUUGUCAGCUUACUUUUGCGGGUUCCUAGUCGGAUCCUUCAUUUCUGGUCAGCUUUCAGACAGGUUUGGCAGGAAGAUUGUGCUGUUUGUCACCCUCGUGGGCCAGACACUGUGCGCCUUCAUCCAGGGAUUUUGUCACUCCUGGAUGGCGUUCGUCAUCAUGUACUUCUUGUCUGGCAUGUGCCACAUCUCCAACUACCUGGCCGCCUUUGUGCUCGGAACGGAGACCCUCAGUCCUCGAGUGCGCGAGUUCUUCUCCACGGCAGGCUCGUGUUUUUUUUUCGCAUUGGGCUACGUGCUGCUACCCCUCCAUGCGUAUUUCAUGCGUGAAUGGCGGAUGCUGCAGCUAGGCAUCACCACACCCGGGUUUCUCCUCUUAAUUCUCUGGUGGUUCAUCCCUGAGUCUCCUCGCUGGCUCCUUUCUCAGGGAAGAGUCGCAGAAGCCGAGGCCAUUGUGAAAUACGCCGCCAAAAAGAACAACGUAGAAGUGCCAGCAACAAUCUUCACUCCUCGGAAGAAAGAAUGCGGCUCGGACACGGAGAACGUGAACAUCUGCGACAUGCUGCGUUCUCCUAAUAUCCGCUGGAUGUCUGCGGUACUAUGGCUUGUCUGGAACACCAUCGCCAUGGCCUACUUGGCCCUGUCGCUCAACACCUCCAACCUACACGGCGACGCCUACUUCAACUGUUUCCUGUCAGGGGCCGUGGAGAUCCCCGCUUACCUGGCCACGUGGAUUAUGUUCCGGUGCUGCCCGCGCCGACUCACCAUGGCCGGGUCUCUCUUUUCGUCGGGAUUCUUCCUACUGGUCACCCAGCUCAUUCCAGCAGACCUCCACUGGGUGGCGGUGACCCUCGAGAUGAUGGGCAAGUUUAGCUUGACGGUGGCAUUCGCGCACGUCUAUGCUUACUCUGCGGAGCUCUACCCAACUGUGGUGAGAACCACGGCCUUGGGUGCCUGUUCCAUGGCCUCCAGGAUAGGCAGCAUCCUUGCACCCUACAUCCUUUACCUGAGAAGCUAUUCGGUGUCCCUGCCUUACAUGCUGAUGAGUGGCCUGAUCACCACGGCGUCGUUGCUCAGCCUCCUGCUUCCCGAGAGCUACGGAAUGCCUCUGCCGGAAACCGUCGCUCACAUGCAGCCCUUCCCUGGGUGCUGUCGGAAGAACACCUACAAACGGACACACACCAAAGAAGAAGAAAGUGAAAGGAAGUCUGUGGAUGUCGAAUGAAUGCAUCAAAUGAAUAAUGGUU